GUGCCUCGGUGAAGGAUGAGACGCUGGCUGCGGGCAAGCAGCCUUUUUUGAGCACCAAGUUCCAGGUAGGCUCCUCCAAGAGCGACAAGAUCAAUUUCUCGCAGGCGCAGAAGGUGUUCCACAGCGGCGACGUCCCUCAGCACGUGGUCGACGCAAAGAAGAGCGCGAUCAAGUCGAAGCAGGCCAACAUCCUCGGCACGGAGGCCCAGUCGUGGAACGCCUCGACCAUCUCGGACCAGAAGAUCCAGAAGGACACCAACCACGACCUGAAGCGCCAGUUGCUCAAGGUGCGUGCUGGCCUCAUGGACGAGUACAACCAGAAGCCCGCUAAGGCGCACAGCGACGAGAAGAUCGAGGAGCAGCAGAGGUACGUGGUUCAGAUGACCGGCAAGGGGCCCAUUGGCAAGCUGUGUGGCCAGUGGAUGAACCCCAUCCACGAGCGGGGCCUGGCGAAGCACUGCGUCAAGGAAGAGUGGCCCGACUGGAACGAGUCGCACUCCAGCCACACCAAGGAAGAUCAAAAGCAUGCGGAAGCUAUCUUCGAGCUGCGCGAGCAGAAGCGCCGGGAAAGGGCGAAGAAUUAUCCACACCUUAACAAAGAAGGGUACAUCAACCCAGCGGACUCCAUUGCCAACGUCAACGACAGCCUGCGCGAGAGGAAGGUCGAGUGGCAGGCGCUGAAGGAGCAGUUCAAGGUGGAGCUGAAGGUGGAGUUCCCCAACGCGUCGGAGGAGCGCCUGCAGGUGCCCCCUGCGAUGCCCUCUUGCGGCUCCUGGCGUUAGGUCGGGCCCGUCCCCCUACAGGCCG